CAACAUGUUAUCCAAAAUGCAAAAAUGGUGGGGAGUGCCUCAGACCUGGAAAAUGCAGAUGUCCACCUGGUUAUGGGGGUAGAUACUGUCAUAAAGUAAGCUGUGAAGGAGGCUGUCAGAAUGGUGGGGAAUGCAUCUCUGUGAACGGAGUUGUGAAGUGCCUUUGUGCUUCUGGCUGGACAGGAUCAAGGUGCCAAGAAGCAAUUUGUCCCCAAGGUUGUCGAAAUAAUGGAGCUUGUGUGGCUCCUGGGAUUUGUAGCUGUCCAGCUGGAUGGGUUGGUGGAGCAUGUCACUUAGCUGUAUGUGAAGUACCUUGUCAACAUGGAGGAAAAUGCAUAGCUCCAAACGUGUGCAGAUGUCGACUGCCGUACUCUGGUCUACACUGUACAAAGAAAAGGAAGGAAUGA